AUGGCGCAAUCAGUAGACCCGACAUGGAGGAAGAAGGUGCUCAAAGUCAUCGUCAUCUCACUUCUCCUGGACCUGAUUUCCUUCACAUUCAUCCUUCCGCUCUUCCCGAAGCUCCUCGAAUACUAUCGCGACCACGAAGCCGCCACCCCGCUUUCCGCCGAUGGCUCCGCGAGCCUCCUGCAAACCGUUUUCGACUACCUCAACCGCUACAAGGCUGCGUUUGAGCGCAAGAUCGAUUCGAGAUAUGACAUUGUCCUGCUGGGUGGCGCCUUGGGCAGCCUGUUCUCUCUGCUCCAAGCCUUCGCAUCUCCGCUCAUCGGAAUGCUCUCGGAUAGGUACGGGCGUCGCGCCGCUCUUCUCACCAGCAUGACGGGCAACAUCUUGUCCGUCCUUCUCUGGGUUGUCGCCGUAGACUUCCGUACCUUUGUAGCAUCUCGCGUCGUCGGCGGCCUUUCCGAGGGCAACGUCCAGCUUGCGACGGCGAUGGCCACGGAUAUUUCGGACGACAAGUCUCGUGGCUCAACCAUGGCUCUCAUCGGCGCCUGCUUCUCCAUUGCCUUCACCUUUGGCCCGAUGCUUGGCGCCUACCUUUCCUCCAUCGCCACCGUGGCCCAGAACCCAUUCGCGACCGCCGCCGGCGUUUCCCUCUUCCUUAUCGUUGCCGAGACCUUGUACCUCUACUUUUACCUCCCCGAAACCCUCCCUCGAUGA